AUGACAAAUUGGGUUCAAAAAUGCAACCUUUUCCUGGCUACAUGUGCUGCUGGGAUUGGAGGAACUUUUCAGUAUGGUUACAAUAUUUCUGUCAUCAAUGCUCCCACAGAGUAUAUCCAGAGGUUCAUAAAUGAAACAUGGGAAGAUCGCUACCAAACUACGUUGAAUCCACAUUUGCUGACAUUCCUUUGGUCUAUUACUGUUUCCAUAUUUACCCUUGGAGGCUUGAUAGGGUCCCAGAUCGGUGGAAUUUUGGCAAUAAGGUUUGGCAGGAAAGGCGCUCUUCUGAUCAACAAUAGUUCUUCAUUACUUGCAGCCCUUCUAAUGGGCAUUAGCUAUUCUGCUGGCACAUUUGAGCUAAUCAUUAUUGGGAGAUUCUUAAUUGGAAUUAAUUCUGGUGUCAGUGUUUGUGUUCAGCCAUUAUAUGUGAAUGAGAUUGCACCCAAAGCUGUGCGAGGCCUUAUGUCUAUGAGUUCAUCAAUCUUCAUAACUGGUGGAAUACUAACAGGACAAGUGAUUGGCUUGAGGGAGUUGCUCGGCCGGGAAGAGUACGUACCCCUGCUGCUUUCUUCCUGCUGCAUCCCAGCCAUAAUUCAACUCAUCUCCUUACCAUGGCUCCCUGAAAGUCCCAGGCACCUUCUGAUUGACAAGAAUAAUGAACUGAAGUGCCAAGAUGCUUUGAAGGCAUUCCAUGGGUCUAAUGAUUAUCAUUCUGAAAUGGAAGACAUACAAAAAGAAAAUAUAGCACUUGGUGGAGAGAAAUUAAAGAAACCUUGGGACCUUUAUAGUGACCCAACAACUAGACCACAGCUCCUCACUGUUAUUGGACUAAAUGCAGGGCAGCAGUUUUCUGGAAUAAAUGCUAUAUAUUUCUAUGCUACAUAUAUUUUUACACAAGCUGGGAUUACAGCCAACAAAAUACCCUAUGCUACAGUCGGGACUGGAGCCUGUGAAUGCCUUACUGCCCUAACGUGUGGUUUCUUCAUUGAACGUCUUGGAAGGAGGGUGCUUCUCCUUGGAGGGUAUUCCUUAAUGGCAUUUUGGUGCAUUAUGUUAACAAUUUCUCUAACAUAUCAGGAGGUAUACGAAUGGGUGCCCUAUCUUAGCAUGGUUUGCAUAUUUGCAUUCAUCCUCAGCUUUGGAUUAGGACCAGCUCGCUCAAUACCCGAAUGUCAUUUGUUCUUCCCCCUCCCUUCUGCCUCUACCAAGCUGUUUUUUGUUGGACUGCACCCUGUGGAAAAACCUGGGAAACUACUGAAUGGAAGAUUACUCCUCUGUGAAAUAAAGCCAGAUGUGAAUGUUCUGCUGAAUGCUAGACAAAAGAAGAAAGUCUUCAUAAAGGAAGGAAGGAAGGAGGGCGGACUGAAACAGUACUGCUUUCUGGUGUUUCUGGUGGAGUGUUCUUUGGUGGUCACUUUGAUCUUCUUUAUGGUUCCAGAAACCAAAAACAAAUCAUUUCUUGAAAUCAGGCAGCUGUUUCUAAACAGGGACAUUUGGAAGAUGAAGAAAACAAGAGAAGAAAUCCAAAAUGGAGGACCUUUGCUGAAUACUGAAAUAUGAAGUAAUUUUCAGCUACUAUUUCCAUAGGACAGUGUUUCCCUAUGUUCUUCUUCAGAUGACUUCAUCAUUUUUCCCUGAGUUAUAUUAUUCUGCAACGAUAAGAAUAGAAGAGCCUGUUUUUACUUCAACUUCAUAUUUUGUUGUCUCCAAGGACAGCUGUCCUUUUCAUAUUAUCUGCUGUAACAGCAGAAAAGAAGCACCCCAUCCUGUCCCUCUGUAACACUCAUUCAGUUUUCACUUCAUAAAGGUUGGCAGUGAGGACUAAGUGAGGAGAAUGGUUUGCAAAACAUGAAAAUGUACCCUGGUCAUGUUUUAUAAGGACUGCUGUCACCAAAACGCAUUGCAUAUUUGUGUAUUGUGGGCUUCCACAGCUGCUCCAGUCACCAUCAUUUGAGCUCAUGUUACAUCAUCAGACCUGUACCUGCAUGCACUAGCAAUGCAUCGAGAGAUACCUUCUAUAUUAAAAUAUGAAACUGGAACACCUGAUACAUUAUCUCACAUUCUAACAACCUAAUUCAAAGUGUGGUAUCUAGCACCUUAGUCCUUUGUAUCAUAUGAAGGGAGAUUAGGUAAGCUUCUAGGAUAACAGAUAAUUAUGAUGACAUAGAAAUGCAGAAGCAUAGUUUGUAUCUCAGUAGGUACUACUAGCUCUUGGAAUUGGAAUUAUAGGCAAUAUUUGCAUUUCUGUCAGUCACAAAAAACAGGAUAUGCUCAUUGAUUUGUUCACUGUUGCAGUAGUGAGAACACUUAGGACUUCUAUUGCUUAAGGCCUAAGAUCUGGUCUGUUUUCCACAGUUUUUUAUCCUUCCCCUCCUGGACAAGAAGAAGCCAUCCCACCUAACUAUCAGCAUAUCUGUGUAUAGCAA